UCCUCUCAUCUUGUGGAAAUGAGCUUGUUCUUGCAAAUCAAACAAACCCUACUAGAGAAGACUCAUCAUUUCUAAGUGAUUAGCCCGAUAAACUGAACUCAUGCCGUGGGUUAACAGACAACCAUUUGAAUAAUUUGCAAUUAGGGAACCUCUUUGUGUGUUGACAAACUGUAUUAGGCUUCAGCGCGCAGAUGACCCUGAGAGAGAUGGAGGCACCAAAACAGCCAGGAGACACUGAGGCUCGUCACGUGUUGUUUGUCUCUCCCCGGAGUCCGUCGUGAGUUUUAUAAUCAGACGGCGAAUCACGGGAGCAGCCCACGACGCAGACGCGCGCAAUUGCAAAAGCGCACACCCAGUCCGGCGGUGCCUAGGAUUGGGUGGAGGGAGUGGUAGCUGCGGACGGAGUCACAGGAUUGGUAGAGUUCAGCGCCAAACUUGUUGACUCAUAAUAACUCCAUCCUUCACGGCGCGGAGCUGUCCAGGGUCAGUGGUGCUGAAUCCGCCAGCUUCCAACGCGCUGUUGGAAUAAUUCAGUCUCCCAUCGAGCCUUUUAAAGUUAAAUACUCUUGUGCAACACUCCCAGGCGUUUGAUUUAAGCGUAAUUUGACGGAUAUUUAUCCACCGUCACCACUCUAUCCAAGAGCGCAUCAAAAGCCUUAAACUUCUCAGCCGAUCAAAGCAAAGAGGACUCACCGAGGCGCAGCCAUGGCUUUCAUGGUAAAACACGUGGUGGGAGGACAGCUGAAGAACCUGACAGGCGGACUGACGGAGGAGAAACCCGAAGCGGAGAAAUCAGAUGCCGCCGCGCAGGGGAUGACUCAAGAGGAAUUUGAACAGUAUCAGCAACAGUUAGAGGAGGAAAAACAAGAACGGGAAGCCAGUUUUGCCCAGAAGAAAGCUGAAAGAGCCACAGUUAGAAGUCAUUUCCGGGAAAAGUACAGACUACCAAAGAACGAGAUGGAUGAGACCCAGAUCCAGCAGGCGGGGGAUGAUGUGGUGUUGCCCACAGAGCUGGCCAAGAUGAUCGCAGAGGACAACCAGGAGGAAACGCACAAACAGUCGGUGCUGGGCCAGCUGUCCAACAUCCAAAACGUGGACAUCGACCAGCUGAAAGACAAAGCCCAGGCCACACUGGAAGACCUCAAAAAGCAGACAGAGAAUUGCAGUCUCAUGUGAUUUGGCUAACUCCAAGUCCCAAGAGGAUGAGAGUUUUACUUGUACAAAUAUUUUUCAAAGGCAGAGCAGCUCUGGAGGUAGAAAUAUUCUUAUUGCUUGGGUGGAAAGUCAGUUGGUAAAGCCACAUAAUAACAGUUUUUCAGAGGCCCUGCAGAAAAAAAAAGUACAAAUAAAGAUAUUAUGAAAACUGGAAACCUCAUCUUACUAGCUGGAAAAGACAAAUCUAGCUAUAGUUUAGUUAGUUUUCUUGUUAACCCUCAGAUAUCCUAAAAAUCCUGAAUGCCAUUCAUAUUUUUAUUGAAAUUAGCUUACUUGCACUCUGACAAACUGUGGUUCUCUAGCUCUUCGUACUGAGAUCCAACUCAUGAGAUUACUUCUGUCUUUAGAGCUCCUCUGUAAAAUAUAUCUGCCUAUUAAAUCCAUUCAUUCCCUAACCUCCCUUGCUUUUCAGUACCUCACGUGAGCAGUGAUAACACUAUCUGAUUUUGCAGCAGGGGUCUCGGGUGUGUGUGCAGGUUUUCCUUGCAUCCAAACACACAGCAGAUGAUUUCACUGAUGAACACGGGCACCUUGAACAGGAGAGGUUCACUGAAAUCAGCUGCUUGGUUGUAACGAAAACACCCGUACACAAGACUGACGCUGACUCAUGUGAGUAGGCCAUUUGUUGAAUUUGGGACAUUUAUUUUAGGAAGGAUAAAAUGCAGGAGUCGUUUGUGGGGUUGUUUAUAUUCCACGUACAAAAGCACAAAUUUUUAGAAAUGGGCAAUGUUCACAUUUAGAGCAACAAAUGAGGCAGCUUUUUAGAAGUAGCUUACUCAUGUUGGUUUGCCUCCUGGUGCCCAGAUAUAAGCUCCUUGUGAGCUGCAUUAAUCUUAGUUUUAAUCUUUUCCUAGACAUAUCAUCAAAAAAAAAAUAUAUAUAUAUAUAUACAUACAUAUAUUUUUAGCUUUUUCCCUACUUCAGUGUGCCUUGGACGUCCGUACAAGGUUGUCUUCUCUAGAGCUCCAACAUCUGUUUGCUACUUCUUACAAAGAUGGGCUUCUUGUUUGUUUUGUUUGUGUGGGAGAUUUCUUACUUUUAGUUUUAUUGGAAGCGAAAAAUAACUUGUUAGCGGGCAUGAAUAGUGUCUUACUUGAGGGCAGGAUGGAUUUGCUGCAUUGCGUGUAAUAAUAUAAGAAUUUACAGUUAAGUGUGUACAAUAACUGUGCUCUCAAUUUGAACCGAAGCAUUAAUAUCAUCUACACAGGGAAGCAAAUCUGUGUUUGUGCUGCAUCUAGAGGUUAAAAAACAAAAGCUGCUCAAAUGAGAGAAAUGUAAAUGCUUUAGAAGUUGUAUGCCAAAGCCUUUGUCCGACCAAUAUAAAAAGGAAAUGGCACAAAUAUGUCAAACUGUGUAACUACGGUGUGAGUAUAAAUCCACAUACAAAUAUUUAUGUUGUAUAAGAUGUAAAUGUAUCUGCUGUUUGCCUAUACUGUCAACAGCAGCUCAUUUUUCACUUUGUUUUCAUCAACUCGCUGCGUCUUGUAGUGUUGUCGACCGUCACAUGACGUCUGACCUGUCCUCCAUCUCAUUGACCUCCUGCGUCUUAGUGGUGCCGUUUCGUGCUGGUGGAUUCGUGUUGUUCAGCCGAUGUGAUAUGUCAAGUGGUGUCUCUGUACAAAAAAUAACCUCUUCCUGUGGCUGAGGGCGCUGGUUGUAGUGUUACACAGCACACAGUCACUGUGGGUUUACUGCGUGACUUAGUAUUCUGUCUAUGUUGUUUUUUAGGUGGAGGUGGGGGCGAAUCAAGCGGAGAUGUUGUUGAUGUUGUGUUUAAUCCAUAUACGCUACAUUUUGCCAGUGUUUGAUUUUAUGUAGCAGUGAGGGUGAUGACAGCUUUGAUCUCAUAUCUGUUCCUCCUUUUGGUUCCUGUUAUAGCUCUACUGCCAAAAUGUGUUUUUCUUGGCUGAUUUAUGAUUAUCAUUGUCUUAAUUUUUACGUGUACAUGGAAAUGUGGGCAAAAAAAUCUACUGACUGUUUUCUCUGAUGCUGUAGGUGCCACACUACUGCUAAAUUAAAGGGGGUCAGUACAGUGGUUAUUGUAAUGUGAUAGCUGAACAGUAUAUUUGUAAAAUAUCAACAAUAUAAAGCAGAGGAGACGUUGCAAUAAGUCCUUUUAUAAUAGAAUAAUAAUAAUAAUAAAAAUAAAAAUAAUAAUAGAAUCUGUCAUGUUUAAUCAUGAGACAAUAUUAAUGGGUGGAACAGAAGCCAUAAAGCAAACUGUCUGCUUUGUAUGAGUGUGUGUGACUUGAAAUAAUAAUUCAAUAACUCAAUAAUGAUAAUAUACAAGUAUGAUUUAUUUUUUAUUUUUUUUGUGUUGUCACCCUGUGGAACUGAUUUUUUUCAGGAAAUGGCUGCCACGACACGCAGUUCUCUUCUCACUCUUUGGCUGUUUCUUUGUAUCUCCAUCAUUCUGUCUCUGAAAGUAUUUCAGUGAUUUUUGAGUUUUAACUGCAAUAAACAGAUUUUUAGGAUAAUUCA